AUGAGCGCACCACCGGCUGGCGGUGAUCAGAAUCGCGGCCCUGCUCUGGUGGCCAUUUAUUGGGCCGAGGCAUCUUUCGCCAUUUUGGCGGUCGCCCUGCGAAUCUAUGGCCGGAAACUGAUCAAUGGCUUUGGCGCUGAUGACUAUAUGAUGGUCUUUACCCUGAUCCUAUUCAUCACUCUGGCUGCUUUCGUGACCUACCUCGCCGACCAAGGAGGCUGCCGACAUCUCUACUAUUUGACAACCGAUCAACAACUCUUAGUCGUGAAGUUCAACUGGAUCACUCAAGUAUGGGGGAUCUUUGGCUUCGCGACCGGCAAGAGCUCAGUUGCCCUGCAGAUUAUGCGGAUUCUGGGCCCGAAUGAUAACUGGAUGAAAUGGCUCUUAUGGUUCCUAAUGAUCUCUACCACCAUCUUCUGCGGCUUGGACUGCCUCUUCGGCUUCGUGCAGUGUGAUCCUCCUCGCGCACUAUGGGAGCCUUGGAUUCCCCAUACCUGCUGGAACACGAAUGUACAGGCGAACUUUGCGAUUUUCAUAUCAGCCUGGAACGUGCUGGUAGACCUUGUCCUCGCUGCUCUCCCCAUCCCAAUUAUCUGGCGGACGAGUCUUACCCUCAAGCAGCGGAUUGCCACCUGUACCCUUCUUGGACUCGGGCCAUUAGCUGCAGCCUUUGGCCUUGUCAAAAUCCAAUACCUCGCCGGGUUGAAAGAGCGUUCUGACCUGACCUGGCAAACAUACAACCUGUACGUCUGGUCCGGAUCCGAACUCUUCGUGAUCAUCAUCUGCGGCUGCGUGCCGCCGAUGCGUCCUAUAUUCACGAACCUGUUCGGACGCAAGAGCCAGUUUACAGGUUACUACGAGUCCUCUUCUGGAUAUAAGCGUCGACAUAAUUACAAACUCAGCACUCUGGGAUCAUCGCAGCCGGUCCAGAGUCAGGAUGAGGAUACCGAAGCGCUGCAUUCUCGGGUGGAGGGGUCUGGAUCACAUCUGCCCCAGUCGCGAUUUAGUGAAAAUGCGAUUUAUCGGGAGGUUAAUAUAUCGAUAGAGAAUGGUCCUAAGUGA